AUGAUAGAUAUUCAAGAUCUAGUACAACCUAUUCAUUGGCAAAUAACUCAAAGUCUUCUCAGCUGGUUAACUGAUCUUUUGCCAUCGGGAGAUAAUGUAUGCUUUCCAUGCCUUCAACAUUUGUUUAUCGGUUACAAUCCUGAUUAUAUAUGUAAUUUAGUAAUUGAUACUAGUGAAGAACAAUGUGUAGGUGAAAAUAUAGAUCAACAAAAAGUGAUAGAAGCAUGUAAAAUUAAAAUACUGCGCUGUACUUCAUUUGAUUUACCACUUGUUCUUGUUACUCAAACGACUGAUGACGAGAAAAAUCAAUUGCUUAUUCAACAAUAUUAUGAACUUCAUAAACGAAAAUCAUUUGCCGAUGUAUUUCCUCAACAUCGAGGAAAAAGUUUACAUUCUACAUCAAGAUCGACUCCAUUUGCCACAAUAAUUUGUAGUGUUUCUAAAAAACAGAUUAUUUAUACUUAUACACAAAUUUAUGAUACAAUCAUUUACGAUUCGAAUAUUGUUAAUGAAAUCAAAUUAAAUAAUUUGCAAACAGAACUCGAAGUAAUAAAUAAAAUAAAAUCACACUUUUUAAAACAAGACGGUCCACGUAUUUUGAUUAUACGUGUUGAUUAUCUCACAGAAUAUAAACAACUUCUUUUUCUUAAACAUAUUUUAAUCAAUGCAAUUGAUGAUGAAUCUAAAGAACCAUCUGAUCAUUGUGUUUGGCUUGUUAUUCAUUUACAACGCAAUAUGCUUGGCGAGGCAAAAAAUAAUGUAUUGUUUCAUGGUUGGCAAGUCGAUAUGAUAGACGAUCUUAAUGCAUACAAUCCUAUUUCAAUUGAAAACCUAAUGAAUUCAUCGUAUUACGAUCUGAUUGUUCAAGAACCAUUUCAGUUGUCUGAAGAUCUAUUUAAUGAACUUGUUAAUCGAACUUUAUCGAAACUUCGAUAUGAAGUAGCUAACAAUCAACUAGAAUCAAGAAUCAAUCAACGACGAAAUAUUAUUACUGAUUGUCUUAUACAAGAUAACCGAUCAGAACUUCGAGUUUUGAUUCGAGAUAAAUUAUUUUUACUCAUAAAAAAGAUAUAUCGCGAUCAAGAUGAUAAACGAUUUUCAGAUUGGCGAAAAGAUCUUUUAAAUAAUGGACUCAUUAUUGCAACAUGUCGCUCUUUAAACGAAGCUUUCAAAGCUACAAUAGUUCGAUUUUAUGAAGCGUAUUUUAUACUCUUGUUUGCACAUUUAGAACGAUAUAAUUUCUUUGAUUCUUAUCAAUUCAUUCGAAAACAAGAUGAAAAUGAACAAGAAUUACUAAAAGGAAUUUGGGAUACUUCUUUAACUUCAAGCUUAAAGAAUAUCGAUGAAAAUGUCAUGAAUUUGAAUAAUGUUGAAAUAUCUUUGGUUUUCGAUUUACGACUUCCAUGUGCGAUGAUUGAAUAUACAGUUAUACGAGGUAUAUGUAAGAUCUUAUCAAAACAACAGUCAGAAAACGACAUAACUGUAGGAGAUUUUGAACAAAGAUUAUGGUUAAAACUGAAUGAGAAAACAAUCUACGGAAAAAAAAUAAUUUUCAAAAUUUUCGAGAACGACAAAUUAUUUGAACAUUACUUUAACGAUUUAUUGUGUUCUUUUCUCAAUGAAAAUAAUAUUCAAUUGACGAGUAAUUUUGUAUUUAAAAUAAUUUGUACUAAUCCAACUCGUUCAAACAAAACACGUUUUCAAUCAUUAUUAACAAAUUGGGAAGAAAUUAUUCAAAUAUUUCGAAUUUUCGAACUUGGAACUUCUUUAAUUGAUGAAAAUUCUUUAUUAAAAACAUGUAUGAGACAAUUUAUUGUAAUUGAUGAUCAAUAUCGUGUUGAUGCAAACAAUAAGAAUGAUUUGUAUACAUUAAUACUUUCUAAAGAAGGUUUUGUUCAACUCGAACCAUGUAAUGAUGAACAACAUUUGAAAAGUAAUUCAAAUGAUAAUCGUGAUCUAUUUAUUGAAAAUAGUCUUAUGAAUCUACUUAAAAAACUUCAGAAACCAAAAUACGUACGAAAUGUUGAAUCUCCUAAACAAUUGAUAACUAAAUACGAUCUUAUUUAUCAUGGUAUUCGAACAUUGAAAAACUAUGUAGUUGAUAAUCUAGACAGAUUUAGUUCACAUAUAAGUCUAAUUCGAUCAAUAACUACUCUUUUCGACAAUCAAUUCUCUGCCAAAAUUAUCAAACAGAUAUAUGUCGAGGAUGAUGCCACUAAUUUUGAUUCAUGUAAUUUAAUUCAUAGAUUCAUUGAAAGAUUAACAAACAUUAUAGAAACAGCAGAAAAUCAUAUAAAAGCAGACAAAACUACUAUUCAACGUACAAUUCUCAAACUUGAGUGUGAGUUAUUAAAAAAUUGGUUGAUCGAUCAUGGUAAUCAAUAUAGUGAUGUUCUUACAGUGAUUAAUCAUAAUGAUACUGAUCUAUGGCGAUAUUCAUCUAAGAUCUUCUUAUAUAUUAAUCGACGUCUGGAUUUAAUAGAAAACAUAGAGAAUUAUCAUGGUCAGAUACCAGUAGAGAAUGGAAAAUUUAAAAAACUUGAGAAAUUUUUUACAAAGUUAUCCGAUCAAUCAUGUAAAAUUCAAUUACUUUUAGUCAAUCAUCUUCAUACUAAUUUGAUUCUACCGAUAAAUGAAAAUGAUUUUGAAAAUAUUCUAAGAAAAGAUUACAGAUUCUUUGAAAGAAAUAUGCACGAGGUGAAUGAACAUCUUGGUAAUGAACGACAUCAUGUUCGAUUAAUAGGUCUAAUUACAUGGCUUAAAUAUUAUACACAAAUAUAUGCAUUCGUUCUUCAUAAUGAUUCACAUGAAGAUAUUAUGUCGAAUAUCGAUCGUUUUUUAGCUCGAGAUGAGAGUAUAUUUGGUGCUACACUUAAGUUAUUUAUUCUCAAACAACUUGUACAUAUGUCGAAGAAUGUAACAUUAACAGAUGUACGAGACUUAUUUGUUCAUCGUAACGUUGUUUGGUUACGACCAUUAAUAACACGUAUUGAACCAUUGGCUACAAAUCGUGAUCUUAUUCUACCAUUGCCUUUAUUUGAAGGACAUAAUGAAUAUUUAAAUAUCAAUGAAACUCUUAAUAAUUUUGAUAAUAUCGAUAAAGUUCGAACUCUGAUUAAAAAUUGUCGAACUAAUCAAGAAUUGGCAUAUGGAUUUUACUUAUGGUUUAUUCAAUACUAUUGUCGUUAUCUUACACCAAACAUACAGAAAGAUCAACGAUUCAUACAAGUCUUUUCUGUUGAUUUGAAACAAUUAUUAAUAGAUUCUUUUGAACCAAUUGGAUUUAAUCUACUUGCAUCUCUAUGUUGUAAUUUUUCUGAUGGAUCCUACUUCUAUUUACAACCUAAUAUGUCGAAAAAAGCAUUCUAUUGUCGUUUAAUUGCGUUAAACAUCGUAGUCUUAUGUUUAUCAACAAAAACCUGUCCAAAAACAACAUAUUUUGGAACAUUACUAUUGAUCAAAAUCAACAUAUGCCUCAAAACUAUCUUAAUCACAUUCAAUCUAUAUGUUUAA